AUGGCACCUUCCACUCGAGCAGCUCGUGUCAGCAAGCGGCAAACACCACUCCGAGCCUUUACCAAGGUGUCUAAAGCAACAAGUCAAAGGAUAACCAAAGCCCUUGCAUGCGAAGCCUUUAUUAGCCCAAUUGUGGAGGUACUACCACCGACCAAGAACGAUGCAAAACGAAAGCGCUCCCUGGUCGGGCACGACAAUGAGACAGAAUCAGAAAAGCCAUUUCUAGAUGUGAAGACAAAGAAGGCAAAGAUUUCUCUGCCGAGUCCACCCUGUUCGCAGAGUGGUGAGGAAAUUUUAAUUGACACCGAGUUUUCGACCCCCAUUCACUUCGCUGAGCUAUCUCUCAGUGGAAAACCGACUAGUAACGCAUCACCUCCACAAGAACUUCCUUUGGUGUUACAAGACUUGAAGUCAUUGCACAAAUCAUUCCUCAAAGCCUUCACAAUCCAUGUCGCUCAUAAUGGCCCAUCCGCACCAGCAGAUUUGUGUUCACUGCUGAGCAUAGUCACCCGAAUAUGGAAAAAGCACGCAGCCUCACGAGAAGAUAUUCAACGCAUGCUGGCAAUAUAUGAGAUAGGCGCUAGCACUAAGGUCACAUCAAAGACGUUGAAAUUCAGGAACAGCCCCUUUAAACUCAACAUGGCUGGACUUGGAGAUAAUCUUCGAUACCACAUUGAGUUCUGUGGUACGCAACUUUCGAGUCAGUCGUCCUAUGAGGAGCAAAAGCUACAAGAGUUGUAUGAACAGCAACUACUGGAUGCUUUUAGCGCUCAAAAGGGCCAAAAAACCAGCUGGCUUUGUGACGAGAUUUCCCUGCUUCCACGCCUUGAAUUCCAGAUGGGAGUUCAGACUCAGCUUCGGAGAGAGAAAGCCUCGGUGGCUCGGAAGCACAUACUGGGAAUUGCACCAGCCAACCAACGUCUAGCAAAGCCACAACCUUCCGUUCGAGAAACAGACCAAGCUCGCAGUGAAGAGAAUACUCAUUCUCAGGCACUAAAAGCUCGCACACUUUCCUUGUUUGACAGGGUCAGAGCCAAACAAUUGGCCAAUUCCAUCGCCAGUGGGCCAACGCCAGAAUCUAUCUUACGUUCCAGAGCCAUUGGCCGUAUCGAUGACGUGGUUGAUAUCCUGCGAAUGAAACAACAACAAAAGCUGGGAUCUACUCUAGGAUCAUCGCUUGCUAGUCCUGGCAAGGCUCGGAGCAGGGUGUCGUUUGGUAUGAAUCAAGUCAUUCAUGAUAUCAAGAGCAGCUUGUCUGUUCCGAUCGCCGAUGAAGAGAUUCGAAUGAGUAUCAAUAUUCUUGCCAACGAUGUCGCAGGGGGCUGGUUGACGACUUUCAACAUGGGAAGUGUACAGACUGUCAUCCUUAAUGGGUCAGGAAUGAGUGGGUUUGAGAUUAAGCGAAGGUUGUUGUGA